CCCGCCUGUUCCGGUCUUCUAAUGCUUCUACGCGCAAGAAAGCAGCGAAGCCCAAAACUUCCUAUUUGGCUCCCUUCCCGGCGGCGUUCGACGGGUGGCCGUUUUCGAACGGGACCGGAUUAAGACGCACGCGCGAACGAGCUUUCUAUGGCUAGCUGAGGAAAGCAAGCGCACUCUGGUUCGCGUUACCUUGUUCGUCUAUGGUCGAGAGCGAAUGAUAGAGUCGCUCGGGGAGGAAGCAGGAUGGCGGCUCUAAUGGUUCGGCGCGUCUUGCUGCUGCCCGGCUGCCUCUCCCGCUCGCCCAAGUAUGGCUAUCGCGGGGAUUCUCCGUCUGACUCCGGGAAGGACCUGCUGGAGAUCCCGCUCCCUCCCUGGCAGCCUCGGCCGCACGAGCCCCUGGCGAACAAGCGCGCCAGGCUCUUAUACGAGAGCCGCAAGAGAGGCAUGUUGGAGAACUGCCUGCUGCUCAGUUUAUUUGCCAAAGAGAAUCUGAAUCAAAUGAAUGAACAACAACUGGACCUUUAUGACCGCCUAAUAAAUGAGCCAAGCAAUGAUUGGGACAUAUACUCCUGGGCAACAGAAACAAAGCCUGCUCCAGAAAUCUUUGAGAAUGAAAUCCUACAGAUGCUAAGAGAGUUUACUAAAAACAAGCACAGAGAGAAGAGACUACGACAACCAGAUCUCGAAUAUCUUGCUGAAAGCUCCCACUGAUCUUGUGUGCAUUUCCAUAAAUGCCCAGUUUAGAGAAUCCUUUAAAAUGUAGAAUCAUAUUUGUGCUUCGUGGGCUCCUCUUAAACUAUGAUAUACCUAAUCUGUGAAUUUUCAUAUAAGCAGCUAUUUUUUUCCUGUAUUGUACUGCUCUGAAAUAAAGCUGUUUUUUCUCCUCAAAAGAAGGGCUGAAACACAGAUUGGGUAGUAGUGAUGAGAUCACUACUGCACUUUAGAAAUGUAUUUUAUUUAUUAAAUUUUUAAACCAUUGUAGUCAUGCAGAUCUUGGCAAUUUAACAGAAGUUGAAAUAAUUGUAAUAUAUGUUUUUUAAAUUAUUUAAACUGUAACAUAUAUAUUUGUGUGUGUUUUUGUGGGUGUAAUUUCUAAGGCGCAAUUUUAACUACUGAAAAGGCCCUUUAACCUGCUCCCCAAAGGUGAAAGGAUGGGGCUAAACCUAUAUCUAUUAGCUGGCAGUAAUCAUAAUGGAGAAGCACCUCCUUGUUGUAGACCCUGUAAUCUCCCAUGAGAGAUUAAGAUGAGGAAUGAAGACAGUAGGCCUGAUGCCUAGCUAUAUAAGACAUUAACAGGUUAAAACGAACACUUCAGAUUGCAUGGAGAUUUACUGGCUUUCAAGGCAGGGUUCAUGGCAUCAGUGCCAGUUAGCAUGCAGGCCAUUGUAUGUUGUGCCUCUGCAGUUGCAGAAUAGCUUUUAAAAGCAAACUCCAUAUAGAGUGAAUUGCAAUUGGCUAAUGUGUCGCUGAGUUACGAUCCCCCCAGCUCCAGACAGUCACAACUGGCACCCUAGCUGCAACCUCCUGGCUGUCACUAGAAUCAAAGAAUCAUAUGGCUGGAAAGAAUCUUGGCGAUCUAGUCCAACCCCUUCCCAAGGCAGGAGAACUACCUUUUGCCUACCUAAUAGUAUCUGUCCAGUACUAGCCACCUAAGUCUUGGAUUCCCCUUUCAAAGGCAAUGGUACCCUUAUAGGAGAGAACCCACAACUGGGAGAACUUUCGUGUACCCACAACAACUCUGUUUUGCUUGAGUUCUGUUGUGGCCCAUUUUUCCCCAUCUAGAUCCUGAAAGCUGUCUGACAUAGUUAGUGGAUGAUGGAAACAAAAGCUGUCAGUGAUAGUUGAUUCAUCAAGGAAUAUUUCUGUUAAUUCCAUUGGGUAUUGCCAAUUCCAGGCUUUCUGUGCAGAGGUUAAUAUUGCAUGUAUGUUGAGGAUUUUGACUCAGAAAUAUGCAAACACGAUAACCACGAUUUUAUUGGCAUUUAUAUUAACUUGUCUAUUAUCCAUUUAUUGACAAUUGUGGCAUUUUUAACAAGAUAGCAACUGAUGAGUAAUAAUGUGCAAUGAGAUACCAUGUGAACAAAAUUAUAUUCAGAUAUAUCAGUGCAAAUAUUACUCUGUAUGCAGCAACUUUAUUCCUGCUUGGCCAAUUUUUGCCAUCUAUCUGGCACAGCUAUUGCUGUUCUAGGGUUUUUCAGGCAAGUAUCAGAUUUUUGUAAAGGAGAUUUCACAGGCAUUUUUUGCUUUUGGAUUCAGAUGCUGCUCUGUUCUCGAACCUAGAUAGAGGGAUUUAAAAAAUGACUUGGGAGUAAGUGAUCUAUAUUGUAAUCAAAUCAUCUGUCCCUGUCUUAGUGGUCAUGAGAGUUUUGCAUUAGAGCUCCCAUCAUCCCUGACUAUUUUGACUGAUGAUUCAUAGACAGAAAUAAAUUUUCAGAGAAGCUUGUAAAUGACAGGUAUCCAAAGUUUUAUUUUUCCUGGUAUUUUAAACAUACAGGACAGAGUUAAAGAAAGAAAUUAUUUACUGUACAUCCUUUUGUUGCCACAAUAUUCCUGUGGCAUUGCCUGGAACUACCACAAGGUGUCAUUAUAUGCAUAUAGGUGCUACUCUCAAUGCUAUUGAAAAUGAAGAUUUUAGAUACAGGUUUGAUCUAAUACACUAUGUAGCUUUAUGUCUUAGGACUUGUUUAGGGAUUUGAUCCAGGUUUCACAGAUUCUUAAAUCAACCAAUAUACAGAUCCAAGAAGAUAGUUUUACAUUCUCAAACAGCUAUGAUUAUGAUACAAAAAUCUGCACUUGGAAUUUGCUGACACUUAAAUGUGCAGACUUGUAGAAAGCAUUUUGCCUAUAUAUAAAUCCAUUUUGUGCUAUCAGUAUUGCUUCAAGUCUCACAAAUGGAAUAGCAUUAUAACCGUAAAAUUAAUUGUUUCUGUGAAUCUAGUCUGACACUGGAUUGAAGCUAUAAUUGGAAUAUUGCUAGGAAAACUCCCAUUUCUCAUUACUCUGAAGGUUAACUUUGAACAUCCCCGCCACACCUGAUGAGAAUCUGUAAUGUGUCUGCCAUGUUAAAAAGCCCCCAAACUGAUUCCACUGGCUUUUCCACUGGAUUCUAUAAAUGUGACUGUCUUGUGGACAGGUUCUUUUGAGCUGGUUGCUAUAAGCUAGUUGCUAGGAUACAUAUUGUUACUUCAGUUCUACACAUUCCUCCAAGUUCCUAACUUAAGGGAAUAAUUUAGUCCUCUGGGACACUACAAGGAUUCUGCUUACUGCAGUAAACCAAUCAAUAUCUUGACUGGCAGGUAAGGACAUGGUAUUGCAAGAUCUUGACAUUGCUUCAUAAAACAAGUUUUCAGGAUAGAGGAGCAUUUUGCCUCGAAUUUGUAUGUGGUUUGCCUUCUGUUUAUUAUACCAACCAAAUUCUAUUCAGACUUGUGAUGACCACUUUAUCAUAGAUUUGCUAGACAUAUUUGAUUCCUUUUAAGGAUAAUAUUGUAGAGAAAACUAUUAUUUAAAAUGUGUACUUUGCUACUGAACUUUGAGCACUGAACUGUAAAUUCAGAGUAAUUUAUUGAAGGGUUGAACGUAGUGCAUUUGAAAAUGUUAGUGCUUACACAUCUUUAGAUACAACAUCUCUUUAAAAGUGGCUAUGUUACUUAAAACCUGAUUUAGGUCUUGUCCCCUAGCUACGUAUAUACAUUAGAGAAUGCCUACACAUUCCAGAAGAGUAAGUACCUAUGUCUAUAUAUUAUCAGUAUAUUGGAUAUUUUGGCACUGGAAAGUUCUGUGGUUGAAGUUUUAGAUGUUGCUAAUGUUUGUGCACAAUGGAUAAAAAAAGAUGAAAAGGAUGAUUCUUUUGGAGGAAUCAAGCUCCAACAGUACAAGUUUGAGUACAAGCUCAAAAAAAGAAGAGGCUUGUCAUUAC